CGCCCGCUGACUCACAGAAAGCUUGAAUAGUUGAAUCUUUUUCAUCUUUCAGCUCUUCAAUGGCCCAGAACCAGAGACGCGCAAGCGUCAUCGAUUUUCUGGGGGAAGAAAUAGUGAGAAUCAUCGCACCAGUAUCAAUCUGUAUGCUUUUGGUCGUCCUCUUGGUCUCAGUCCUUAAUACCAGUACCAACUCUUCUUCAGCAUCAAUCUCCAGUGUAGCCACCAUUGCAUACAGUGAGACCGGUUCAGACUCUUUCUGGGACAAAUUUGUAGGUGCCCUUUUGAGCUCUUUGGCAUUUGUAGCCGUUGUCACUGUUGCAACUUUUGUUUUGGUCCUUCUCUUCUAUCUUAGAUGCACCAGAUUCUUGAAACUAUAUAUGGGGUUCUCUUCUUUUGUUGUUUUGGGAUUCUUGGGUGGUGAAAUUGCACUACUCUUUAUUGAAGAUUUCAGUAUCCCUAUUGAUUGCAUAACCUUUUUCCUGGCUUUGUUUAAUUUUGCUGUUGUUGGUGUAUUGGCUGUCUUUAUGUCCAAAAUGGCAAUUGUUGUGACUCAAGGAUACUUGAUUCUUAUCGGAAUGCUGGUUGCUUAUUGGUUCACCAUGUUACCUGAAUGGACCACCUGGGUGCUUCUGGUUGCCAUGGCAUUGUAUGAUCUUGCUGCUGUUUUACUACCGGUUGGACCAUUAAGGCUUUUGGUGGAACUGGCAAUCUCAAGAGAUGAAGAAAUUCCUGCACUGGUUUAUGAGGCUAGGCCAGUGAACUACGACGAGGUGAAUCCAAGGGGUGAUGUAACUCAGAGGAGGAUGUGGAGAGAUAGGAGGGUUGAUAAUUCAAUUCCACCAACUGAUUCCAAUCCAAGUGUCAAUUCUGUGCAGGGUGAAACCCAAAAUAAUGAAUCAAACUCCAAUCUAGGUACAAGGAAUGCUGUUAACCGAGAUUUGGUUAGUAAUACUUCAGAUGGCACCCAAGAAGACACAAAUUUGGUCAGGGAAAAUGCUGUUUCAAAUUCAAGUCCUUCUACUAGCAUCCAUAAUGACAGAAAUUUGGUGAGAGCAGAAGAGGGACGGGUUUUGGAGACCGAUUCAGAGCUCUCUGCACCCUUGAUUGAUCGUGAAAUGAAUGUCCAGCUCCACAGAGGAGAAGAUGCAGUGGCAAGUCAAAGCUUGAUGCCAGAGGGGAUUGGAUUGGGUUCUUCUGGAGCAGUCAAGCUGGGGUUAGGAGAUUUCAUUUUCUACAGUGUAUUGGUUGGCAGGGCAGCGAUGUAUGACUAUAUGGCAGUUUAUGCAUGUUAUCUUGCUAUCGUUGCUGGACUGGGCAUCACUUUGAUGCUAUUAGCAUUAUAUCAGAAAGCCUUACCAGCUCUUCCUUUCUCAAUCAUGCUGGGAAUAUCCUUUUAUUUCUUGACCAGGUUCUUGCUUGAACCAUUUGUUUUGCAAUGUUCCUUGAACUUCCUGAUGUUCUAAGUUGGAAAUCAUAUUUCCUGAGUUUGGUACUUGCCUGC